AUGUUCGCGUUAAGCAUCCGCUCCAUCACCAACUCCAGAGUCGUUGGCCCCCUAGCCAUCUUCGCCCUCUCCACGCAAACCCGCACCCUUUACUUCUGCGGCCCCAAGCAAGGCGAUCACGAUGCGGACCUACCCAUCUCUGAACACUACCACGCGCGUCUACGAGCAUCGGAUCUAAAACCAAAAUCCACCGCAGACUCGGCACCGACCACUACGCCCACCCGUCCUACUACUCCACCACCCACUCAGCCUACCACUACAACAGACACAAUACCCACCCUUCGUAUCUCCGUCACGCACGCGCCACCAAACCUAUCAGCCCGGCAUACAAUGCCGUCUGCCAACAAGCACGAGAUCGAGAAUUUUAGGAAGGCGUUUGGGCAGAUGGAGACAGCUACACACGAUGGGGCCACGGACUACAACAACACCCUUGCCGUUAUCCAGGAGAUUGCAAGGCUGCAGUUUGAGCUGAGGAGGGGCCAGGUGGAGGGUAAGCCUUUUGAGGAGCUGGAGAAGAUUAGGGGGGAGAUUGAGGAUUUGAGGGGGGUGUUUGAGAGGAUUGGGAGGAGGUGGGGUAUCUAG